CGGUGUCUGCCAACCCUGCAACCCAACACCGCCCCAACGCAUACACAACCAGCCGGCCAGAGGGCCAAGUUACGAGCGAGAUGGAGAUGGAAGCGGUGGUGGUGGCGGCGGCCGCCCUGUGCGGCGCGCUGGCGCUCUACCUGUACCACGCGCUGUGGGUGGCGCCCGAGCGGGUGCGCGCCGCGCUGCGGGCGCAGGGCGUCGCGGGGCCGCGCCCCUCCUUCCCCUACGGCAACCGCGCCGACAUGAGGCGGGCGGCCGCGGCCGCGGCCGCGGUGGCGCCAGCAGCAGGGACGACGCAGCGCGGCGGCAUCGUGCACGACUACCGGCAGGCGCUGUUCCCGCACUACGAGAGGUGGAGGAAGGAGUACGGCCCGAUCUUCACCUACUCGAUCGGGAGCAUGGUGUUCCUGCACGCCAGCCGGGCGGACGUGGUCCGGGACCUCGGCCGCUGCGGGACGUCGCUGGACCUCGGCAAGAGCUCCUACAUGAAGGUCACGCACCGGCCGCUCUUCGGUGACGGCAUCCUCAAGUCCAGCGGCGAGGCCUGGGCGCACCAGCGGAGUCUCAUCGCGCCCGAGUUCUGCCCCAACAAGGUCAAGGGCAUGGUGGACCUCAUGGUCGGCUCGGCCACGGCGCUGGUGGCGUCGUGGGAGGACAGGAUCAGCAGCGGUGGCGGUGGCGGUGGCGCGGAGCUCGAGCUCAAGAUCGACGACGACAUCAGGGCCUACUCCGCCGACGUCAUCUCCAGGACGUGCUUCGGCAGCAGCUACGUCAAGGGCAAGCGGAUCUUCGCGGCGAUCAGGGAGCUGCAGAAGGCGGUGUCCAAGCCCAACCUGCUGGCGGAGAUGACAGGACUCAGCUUCCUCCCGACGAGGACCAACACAGAGGCGUGGAGGCUCAACAGGGUCGUGCGGGACCUGGUCCUGGACGUCGUCAGGGAGAGCGGGGGCGACGACAGGAACCUGCUCAACGCGAUGCUCCGCAGCGCCGCGGCGGAGUCCGGCGGCGGCGGCCGCGUGGCGGCGGUGGAGGAGUUCGUCGUGGACAACUGCAAGAACAUCUACUUCGCCGGGUACGAGACCACGGCGGUGACCGCCGCCUGGUGCACGAUGCUCCUGGCGCUGCACCCGGAGUGGCAGGACCGGGUGCGCGACGAGGCGCGGCAGGCGUGCGCGGCCGGCGCCGCGCCGGACUUCGCAUCCCUGCACAAGAUGAAGAAGCUGACGAUGGUGAUCCAGGAGACGCUGCGGCUGUACCCGGCCGGCUCGGUGGUGUCGAGGCAGGCGCUCCGCGACGUCACCCUCGGCGGCGUGCGCGUGCCGGCCGGCGUCAACAUCUACGUGCCGGUCUCGACGGUGCACCUGGACCCGGAGCUGUGGGGCGCCGACGCGGGGGAGUUCGACCCGGGGCGGUUCGCGGACGACGCGCACCACCAGCGGCAGCCGCACGCGUACCUCCCCUUCGGCGCCGGCGCGCGCAUCUGCCUCGGCCAGGCCUUCGCCAUGGCCGAGCUCAAGGUCCUGCUGGCGCUCGUGCUGUCCAGGUUCCACAUCAGCCUGUCGCCGGCCUACGUGCACUCGCCGGCGCUCAGGCUCAUCGUGGAGCCCGAGCACGGCGUGCGGCUCGUGCUCAGGAACGUGGAGCCCAGCCCAGGUGCUAGCUAGAUGGGCCUGGGCCUGGGCCUCGUUAGUUUCUUCCACGCUGGGCCUCCUCACUGAAACGGAAGUUCGGCCCAGUCGCUAAUAAUCUGCUGGGUGGUCACGGCGAUUGCAUUGUACAGAUUGGACAGCAACAGGGUAGAUGUAGAGGAUAUUCAAGGUGGUGUCUGUUUCUGUCAUUCAGAUUGUGUUUUUUUAAAAUACACUCAACGUGGCGCACGCACGCAUAUGCCCUUGCUGCGGUUUGCGAUUUGCAAGCAUCAGCUAAGCAAGGCACUUCCAUGGUACUACUAGCAUACCAUAUUAUGGCUUCUCUGGAUCAGCACUUUCUGUCUGCUUAAAGUACCUGUAAUCAGGGGAUGAUAAGAAUAAAUGUUGCAGCUGAGAGCCAAGAUUAGGUGAA